AUGGCUGUCCUCUCUCUCUCUGAAAACAGUAGAAACAAAGAGAACAUACCACCUUUCUCAGCAGAACAAGACACAACAGUUUCAGCAAUACCCAUAUUUCCAACCAAAAAUAAAAGAAGGUUGAGAAAGCCUCUUGAGGACAUCACCAACUUCUUCUACCCAACACCUAUCUAUUCAAGUCCAAUCCCAGACAACCCAUUUCCUCUUGCUUCCUGCUCUUGUUUGGUCUGCAAAGCAAAUCGACGAAAAAGGAGAGCUGAGUUUGAUCUUUAUUCUCCAAUGUUGAAGAACACGAGAUCUGUUUCUUUGAGGAAGGGUUUUAGAUAAGCCACUCUA